UUCUUGCAUCUUAUCAUCUCUCUCUCUCUCUCUCUCUCAUCAAAAAGUCAGCGCCUUCUUUUGUCCUCUCUCUCUCUCUCUCUCAUAGCAGCAAAGUGUUCAGAACAGAACAGACACUUUCAGAACUUGUCUCUAACGGUUAUGGAAGAAGAUUGGGAUCUACAUGCCGUUGUCAGAGGCUGCACCACCGUAACAACCACCACCACCACCACUAUUGCAACACCUUCAUCUUCUUCUUCAUCUCUUUUUGAAACCACUAGUUACCAACCUUCAACAUCAUCUUGCAGUUUAUUCUCAAUUUCAAACCCCUUUGAAGCAAAAACUUCUUCCAUUGAAGAAUUGCAUGAACUUUGCAAACCUUUCUUCACCAAAUCACACACUCCUUCUUCUAAUUCAUUCUCUUAUUCAUCUCCAAAAUCAUCUCACACACAACAAAAACAACACCAGCUUCACCUUGCUGCUUCUGCUACCACCCCACGAUCUAAAAGAAGGAAAAUUCAGCUUAAGAAGGUUUGUGAAGUGCAUGCUGAGAAUCUCUCCUCAGACAUAUGGGCAUGGAGGAAAUAUGGUCAAAAACCCAUCAAAGGCUCACCAUAUCCAAGAGGAUAUUACAGAUGUAGCAGUUCAAAAGGGUGUUUAGCAAGAAAACAAGUUGAGAGAAACAAAUCAGACCCAACAAUGUUCAUAGUAACAUACACUGGUGAACAUAGUCACCCUGCUCCAACUCAUAGAAACUCUCUUGCUGGUUCUACACGCCAGAAGCCAUUAUCACCACAAACUGUCACUGUUGGAGACACUUCUCAACACCUUACAAAACCUGUUUCUGUUUCUCCAACUACAUCAGAAGCUGAAGAGGAAGAAGCUGCACCUUUAAGUGCAAAGUCAGAGACCAAGGAGGAGUUGGAAGAUUUGAUCAUGAAUGAUGAUGAGGAAAAUGAAUUUGAGUUAUCAGAUAUGGUUGUAACAGAUGAUUUCUUUGAAGGUUUAGAUGAAUUGACAGGUUUUGUUGAUUCAACAACUAAAAGUUCUAGUGACUGUUUUGGUGACCCUUUUGCAGCUAGUAUUGCACUUCCUGCUUGUGGUGGCCAAUGAUGCUGCCAUUAGCCUUUGGUGGUUGAUGACUCAUUGGUUUCAUGCUUUUCCUUAUAGAGAAUAGGAAUUAGAAUAUAAUCUUUCUACCAUGGUUUGACACGUUUGAUAGAUGUUUGAGUCUCUUAAUUAUUUGGUCGGAGAUUCGAUCCCUGACAGGAGUCUAUGGAAAAUAUAUGUUGGAAGAUGUCUUCUUAAAUAGAUCUCAAUCAUCUUGAGUGAUUAGUCUCCACAAUUACGCACAAGUACCUGAUUUUAGAAGAAAAAAAGAGAGAGAAUACAAUCUUUUUGCAUAUAGAGUUUGACGCAGAUGAUAGAUGCUUGAGUCUCUUAAUUAUUUGGUGGAGGAUUUGAUUCCUGACAAGAGUUUAUGGAAAAUAUAUGUUAAAAGAUGUCAACUUCUUAAAUGAAUCUCAGUUACUUUAAGAGAUUAAUCUUCACAGUUAUGAAAGAAUAUAAUUUUUUUUUUUGUUACUUUUAAUAUUUUGUUUUUGUUUUUUGGAGUAAGAGGAAUUGGUACAUGUUGGAGGAAUAUUAAGGAUGCUUUGUGAAGGGGAAGAGAAGUUCUACACAAAGUAAAUAAAUAGUGAUAAUGUUAAUUUAGAUUAGGCAUGUAUAUCUUUGUUUAUGUUAGUGAUUGUUAGCCAUACUUUUGGUAAUGUACAAACAAUUCAUUUUCAACGACUUUUCUUUGUUUGUUUAUGUAAUCUGUUAAAGUUAGUUGAAUUGAAAAUGGAUUAUGAAAA